UCGAUCUUCCUAGAUAAGUCGGGAAGAGGAAGGGACCUCUGCCAGCCGCCUCGACUUUCUUUGAUUUGCCGCUCAUCCACCGAAAUGGAUGAGUCAGUCCGGUUUGAAACCAGUUUUUUCCGUUUUGGCACAGUGCACAUGUGCUUUCUUAGAAAUUGCUGACUAAAUGCACGCCCACAGUACACCUCAUACACUCGUGAGAUUCAAAACAAUGGCGGAGGUUUCUGACAUUUCUCUUUCGAAAGAUGUAUUUGAGAAAGCAGUGAAAAAUGCAUUGGGAAGAGUGAAUACAAGUGGAAUAUGCAAUCUCUCACAACACCAGUCGAAGGCCCUGUUCAAUUUAGUGUGUGGUAAAGAUUCUUUUGUCUGUUUGCCAACCGGCCAUGGCAAAUCGCUAAUUUACCAACUCUGUCCCGUUGUUGUCAAAGAACUUUCCAGCAUUGGAUUGAAACAGUUCCAGAGCGACCCGUUAGUUGUUGUUGUCUCUCCGCUAAAUUCUCUCAUCGAGGAUCAAAUAGGAUCCUGUGGAAAAAUGGGCUUGAAAGCGUGCAAAGUGGACUCGGAAAGCCUCGAAAAGCUGAAGGACUCCUGCAACUUUGAAAUUUUGUAUGCAAGCCCCGAGAUAUUUGACGAUCAAGAAGCCAGAUCGCUACUUCAGCAGUACAGCGCUAGACUCGUUGGAAUUGUUAUCGACGAAUCUCACUGUAUCGUGCAUUGGUAA